AUGGAGAUUAACAUCCAGAUCAAGAAUGCGCAGCCCGAAGACUUACUGCAGGCGUUUGCAGCACUAAGUGGAGGAGCAGCAUCCUCAACGACAGCGGCACCUCCAACCUCAGAUCAAGAGAGACCGCCAUUGAAAAGAAUUCGCAAAGAAGCCCGCACAACGACGGCUGCCACGAGGAGAUCCCCGAGCUUAUUAUUCAGUCAACAGGAGCUCCAGGCACUGCAGGCGGCGAACCCACACGGAACAACGCAGGACUCCACAGCCGAGGAUACCGAGCAGAGUGCAGUUGGAUCUGGUGCAAAGGCAAAGCGAAAAGCUCAGCCAUUCUCGGCGUUCCGCAAGCAUGAGGGACGCACUAUGAGAAGCCCCGCCUACGCCAAAGCCGUCAUCUUCGUCGGGAUUGCCCGCGCUACCACCGGUGCCAUUACAAACAACGGCAAGCACAAGACCCGCCAGACCGACCACCAGACCGCGGGCGAUAUUAAGAUCCAGAUCGCGCACUCCCAUGACAAGAUCCAGAUCUCGCGCUCCCAGGACAACAUCCAGAUCGUACGCUCCCAGGACAACAUCCAGAUCUCAUUCCCCCAGGACAACGCAGAGAUCCAGGGCAUCGGGCAGUUCAAGGUCAACUGGAAGGACAUUGAGAUUCCACAGUUUCCCAUACACGAUUCCACCAAGCAGUACGUGGAUGCACUUUGCGCUGCAGCGGAGUUCAGGAUCGACCAGGGAGUUCUCUUGGAGCAUGACCUCACGUGGGACAGAGGAGGCGACCCAACUCCAGAGACAAUGAGAAGAUUCUAUUUCUUGCAAUCUUCAGACCUCACCCUGCAAAAUCCUCCUCUACCAACUCGGCAAGAAAAGAUCCUAUUCUGGUCGCAUGCAACAGAUGUGGGAGCGUUAUUCAACAUGUUGAAAGAGCGAAAUAUGCGUCCGAUGAACGCGCAUGGAGUGGCAGCCUUUGGAUGCAACAUCUUCUAUGCCCUCGGCCACGAGAUGUCCGGAUCAGACAUCGACGAACACAACCUGACCAGGGUGAUCUUCAACACCACACGGAGCGCCAAGAACCUGGCAGGCAUCGUCGUGGGGGGCCGUGCAUGGGGAUCACUUCGCAAGCAUCUUGGCGGAUCCUAUGAAACAGCUCGGGCAGCCACUGAAGAGGACGAGGUGCUCAAGGAUGCGAAUGCAAAAGCUUAUUGCGUAUCUCGCAACAGAUAUUGCUUCACAUGCAUUGCGUUCGAGCAGCUGAUGACACCGCCUUCAACAGCCAAUACGCUCAUCUCGCAGUACCAGAGAGCUGCAGGCAUCACUCCCCAAGGGAGCAUCGAAUAUGCCGUGGUGGGCGUCAGGCAGCGGGAGCGCAUCGAGCACACCAACUCCGGCACCCUUGCCAGCGACAACACCGUUGCCGUCGUGGCCACCUAUGCCUCCGCCCGCAUCCAGCCCGACUACACAACCUUUGCCGCCGCCGCCGCCACCGUGCAACACACAGCCGGAGCCAGCCAAUGCAACAAGUACACCGACGACAUCGGCAACCACGGACUUGCAGGCAUGGACGUCCGUGAUGUCACAGUUGCGCAUCUUUGCAGGCAUGGCAUGGAGGAAUUUGGACUUCGAGGACUUUCCCACGGCAAGUUCACCGGCAUGAUUCUGACCCGCAACAUCGCCGAGAGCGUCCUCCUCUCCCAGCUCCAGAAGAAGCUCCGCGAGAACAACAUCGACGUGGAUGCCACCAUCGACGCCAUCCACCAAAGCAAAGGACAAAAAGCCCCUGACAAGGUGAAAGAGGCCAUCACCUUUGUUGCACCCCUCGUCGACACCAUCAUGGAUGCCAUCAAACCUUGGGCACAAGUGCGCAACUACGGCGCCAAGAACACCGAGGGCGACAACCAAGCAGCACAACGCAUGCAAGCCUUGGAAGAGCAGACCGCCAAGUACAAACAACGCCUACGCAGUGCCGGCAUCGACGUCACCCCCCAAAAGUCCCUCCCACUGCAAAAUGAGCCAAAUGAAGGCCCAGAAGCAACGGCGGCACCACCAAAGCGCAGACGCCUCACAAAGGGAGCCAUCAAGCAGCGCAAUGAGGACAUCCUCGCCGAGCCCCACAAUGUGAUCCGUGCCAGUGGACAAGAGCCUCCGACAAGUAUGACAUCAAUUGCAACUUGGAUCACCAACCUCAAGAAGACUCUCCCCCGAGACAAGCAUGCGGAAGUGGAUAAUCACAUACAGUCCGUGCAGACCAUCCUCGAAGGCGCCAAAUACACCAAGGCCGAACUACAGGAGAUGGCUACGAGAUGGGGACUUCCCAUGUCCCUCACUACAGCGCCAAAGGCUUCACCCAAAAACCUUCAGCAGCUGAUCGCCGCCGUCACCUACCUCGCCGUGUGA